GUGAGGAGCUGCUCCCUGUAAGCACAGGAAUGCUGGAACUGUUCCUACUGACCUUAGCCUUGAGGGUCCCUGGACCCUGCGCAGCACUGGGUAGCAUCAGGUUCAAAAUACAAACCAAGGCCCUUUUGGCUCGUCGGCCAUCAGUGAGGCAACAUGGGUCACCAGCAGCUCUACUGGAGUCACCCGCGAAAGUUCGGCCAGGGAUCCCGCUCCUGCUGCGUCUGCUCAAACCACAACGGUCUGAUCCGGAAAUACGGGCUGAACGUGGGCCGCCAGUGUUUCUGGCAGUACACGAAGGACAUCGGCUUCAUUAAGUUGGACUAAGUGACCUUGAAUGGAUUCUUCAAGACUCAGACCCAGUGGAAAAGA